CCCAUCAUCUGGGACGCGCGGGUCCACGUGUCCUGGUACAGUGCGAGUUGUGGAUUCGAGGCCCCGUGUAGGGGGUUGCUGGGGUCAUCCCCUUGCUGGCCUGGCUGGGCUCCUGCUCUGAGGUUCAGUCUCGUGGGUUCACGGUUGAGAACUCUGGUCUUGAGCCCUGAUACCAAGUUUCGGCCUUUUAAUCCGUCGAUCAGAGACCGGGUUACAGGUUCUGCAAGGGGUGACACCCCAUGGCCGCAAUGGAACUCACCGACCGAGGCCUCCCCGUCUUCGAGGAGCCGAGCAAAGAGGCCAAGACCCACUUCAAGCUCUGCCGCUUCAUCAUGGAAGCAGGCGUGAAGCUGGGCAUGCGCUCGGUGCCCCUGGCCACGGCGUGCACCCUGUACCACGCCUUCUUCUCCGAGGUCAGCCUGGACGACUACGACCCACACCUGGUGGCCGCCUCCUGCCUCUACCUGGCGGGCAAGGCUGAGGAGCAGCAUGUGCGCCUCCGUGACAUCAUCAACGUGGUGCACAGGCAUCUGAACCCUGACAAAGAGCUGCUGCAGUUGUCAAAGGAGUUCUGGGAGCUGAGGGACAGCCUGGUGCAGUGCGAGCUCCUCAUCCUACGAGUGCUCAAAUUUCAGAUCUCCUUCACACACCCGCACAAGUACUUGCUGUACUACCUGACAUCGCUGCGCAACUGGAUGGGCACGUGGGCGUGGGAGCGGGCGGGCCCCCUUGCCGAGACGGCCUGGGCCCUGCUGAGCGACAGCUACCUUCGCGGCGGGGCCAUCCUGCGGCAUCGUGCGCAGCACGUCGCCGCCGCUGCCCUCUACCUGGCGCUUGAGUGCCGUGGAACCGAGGUUCCGGGCAACCGCGAAGCGCGCACCUCCUGGUGGCAGGCGCUGUGCGAAGAAGACCUUUCCUAUGAGGUCCUGAACGAGAUCGUGUGCGAACUCAUCUCCACCUACGACCUGGACGGCCGCGUGUGACUGCCAUGAAAUGUGCGAUGGAAGAGAAGAGAACCGUCGCUUAAAUGACAUGGCAAUAUCUGGACAGUCAAUGUGUCGACACGAGGGAUUCUCCAUGCAGUUGAUGAAUUAUAAACUGGAAAAGGUGUGAUUGUGACCAUAAGAUGGGUCUUCCUAUUAUGCCUUGCAUGUCAAGUGACAUCACAAUACUUCUUGCAUCUAACUUGCACAGAGCAACUGUUUAUGUGCCAUGCCCUUUUUCAAAGAUGUCACCAAUCAUGGCCUUACAUUUAGUUCUGUCCAUGAUAUUACUCAAGAACAUUGAAUUAAACUAGAUUCGAAGCUUUCGUGACUGCAGGAAUUACUCUGGUUCUUUCGGUAAAGUCACGUUAGAAAUAAAAUAAAACAUUUCUUUGGAAGAAGGUAAUCAGGUGGGGUGUUGACUGUUUUGUUGGCCGACUCUCUGUGUUGUAUUGCAUUAUAUUUCCAAGUUUACUAUGUUUUCUCAUUCAUUUGUACCUGAUGAUGGUUGCUUGUGUUGCAAUCGAAACGUCAUUUUCUUACAUUAUUUAAUUACAUUUAUUUCUACGUGACUUUACCGAAAGAACCAAAGAGGAACAUUGAAUUAGUUACUCCCAGUCUUCCAUGGCUUUUUGUGGUACCUAUAAAUUUCACAUUUAUAUUAGGUCUCUUCUCAUGAUGUCCAACAAAUCUAUGACUUUCCUCUCUCUAUUUCCAUUCAUUUUCUUUGUGUACCUGCUAAUCGUGAUAAGUUUGCUACUCAUCCUGUCUGCGCGUGGCGUUUUGAACAACCGUAACGUUUAUAGUAGAAAUAAUGUGUUUUUAUUCACAGAUGAAAACCUAUUUCACAAGUGACACUCAUUUUACAUUAACGAGUCUCUGUAAUUUGAGCCAGGGAUUAAAAACUGUGCCCUGUCCGCUCAGCGACAACUUCUUGUGACAUGGGACGGCAUCACCUCUGACCUGAACAUAUUCCCCACAACUCUGCUCCCUUAUGCCGCCCACCUGACAUAGGGUCUGGGCCCCUAACCCAUAAAAUGGCAGCGCUGUUUAUUCAAGAGUGCUGUCGUUUUCUUGGAGUUAACUUUAGUGGAGUGAUGCUCCACACUAUUUGUACAUAUUUCUUCGUCGACUUAUGUUGGUGGAUUCUCAACGGGCAUUUUUAUCAUGUUUUUGUUGUCCAAUGUUGUAAACUUACUGCUGUAUCUGUAUCAGAUGCAAUAAAGCUUACACUCUGGA